AUUUUGAAGGAUUUAUACGUAUGUGACUUCGUAUCCAAAGAUUUUUCCAUUUCUCCUGCCGCCGACCACUUCUCUCUCUCUCCAGCUGCCUACCAGUUCUCCUCUCUCUCACACACCGUUCAUGGCUUCCCUGAGGUACCCAUCUUCCCCCCUCUCCUCAUCAUCGCUCCUAUACCACUCGCUCUUCCCCUCCUCAAUCUUCCACAGUCCAAAACCCAAACGGAACCGUCUCUUCUUGCCCCUUUCUUGAACUGCCCUUCGCAACACCACCCUAAACAAGUCUUUUUCAGCCAAACAGUGUUGUAAAAGCAGAUGCCCUUUCGAUGGCCUGACGACUUUGCUUUGGAAAAACCUCAGAAAAUCCACCUUUAUGUUCCCUCACGAUUUCAAACUCAAAACCCUUUUCUUUUGGCUGGGGUUUCUGAUCUUUUUGCAGAUCUGCUGAGGCAUAGAUUUUUCUGGGUUUCACUUAGUUCCAUUCACUUCCCAACUUUUGCUGUCUAGAGUCUUUUUGUUUGAGCAGGGAAUUUGGAGGUUUCUAGGGUUAAUGGAAUUGGAAAGUUAGUGGCUUUUUGUGGAAAGGAUUCAAGAUUUCAGCUUUUAGGCAAAGGAAUUAGUUGGGUCAAAACCCUGCUGCCUAUUUUUUUCUGGGCAUCUUCAGCUAUGUGUUGAUACGCUUUUGUUAGGGUUCUAAAGUUUUUGAUUGAACCACUUGGGGAUAAAUAUCCAAAUAUGGGUGCAAGUGACUACUGUUUUGUUGAGUGGAAGGAGCAAUUUGUUUCCAAGGAGCGGGGCAACCGUGUGGUUCACUACUUUCUGAAGGAUGCUUCAGGGGAAUCCAUCCUUGCGAUUGUGGGCACUGAAAGGAGUGUUAGACACAUGUUUUAUGUUGUUUCUGAGGAGUUCUUGGAUGUUCAUGGGGCAGAGAAUUCGGUUCAUGCUGGUUUCAGAUGGAGGUCAAGGAGAGAAGUGGUGAAUUGGCUCACAUCUAUGCUGUCGAAACAGCACCGGCAUAGCAAUCAAUCCAAGUCGCCAAAGAAUGAUUCAACAACUAGAGUUAGUGGUGAACAAACAGACAUGCCUGACUACAAGGGCCGUGUUGCUAGGAAUUUGAAAGGGCGCACUUCAGACAUUGCGUGGUCAGGUGUUGCAUGGACUUGUGGUAAACAACUCAAGCACUACCCAUCAUUUUGCAGGAACGAGAUUACGAUACCGGUACAUUCCUUUGUCUUUGUCAUGGCUGAAGAAGAUCAUCAUUACCUUGCAUAUCUGGAAGAUAUGUAUGAAGAUAGGAAGAGGCAAAAAAAGGUCAAAGUGAGGUGGUUUCACCGUAAUCAAGAAGUCAAGGGUGUGAUUUCUCUGCGAAACCCUCAUCCCAAAGAAGUUUUCAUCACGCCUUACGCACAGGCUAUCAGUGCAGAGUGUGUUGACGGUCCUGCCAUAGUCUUAACUCGUGAACAUUAUGAAAAAUGUCUAGCUGAUAUUCCAAGCCCUCUAUUGUCGAGAGUAUAUCUUUGUCAUAGACAGUAUAAAAGCAAUCGGUUGAAGCCCUUCAAAUUGAGUAAACUGCGUGGCUACUUAGAUCAACCAAUUUUCUCUUCUUUGGAUCCUGAUCUCCUUGAAGAUGAUGAGUUUAGGCAGGGGAACAACGUGAAUGUGGGGGUUAAAAGGACAAGAAGUGGAAAAGGGCGUCAGAUAUUGGCUUAUGAACCAUCAUACCGAAGCUUGAAGUAUGAUAGGAACCACAAGCGAGUAAAGUUCCAGCCUUUGCAUGCACAACCUUUUAAGGUUAAUGAAAAGAUAGAGUUGCUGUGCCAAGAUAGUGGUAUCAGAGGCUGCUGGUUCAGGUGUACAGUAUUGCAGGUUUCCCGUGGGCAGAUGAAAGUCCAGUACCAUGAUUUAAAAGAUGAAGAUGGAUGUGAUUGUCUUGAGGAAUGGGUUCCUGCUUUCAGACCAGCUAUGCCUGACAAACUUGGAAUCAGAUGCCCAGGCCGCCCAACUAUCAGGCCUGCUGUGCUUCACGAUCAGAUUGACCCUAGCUUUGAAGUUGGGGCUUUUGUGGAUGCAUGGUGGAGUGAUGGUUGGUGGGAAGGGAUUGUGACUGGAAUUGGAAACUCUGGAGAUGAAAGCUUGCUAGUUUUCAUUCCCGGUGAGAACUUACUGUUGAAUAUAAGUAGAAAGAGCCUAAGAGUUUCAAGAGAUUGGAUUGGGGACCGGUGGGUUGACAUUGAGGCAAAGCAUGACAUUCUUGCAGCUAUAUCUGCAGUUAUGAGUCUGGAUGCUAAGCUACUUGCAUCGUCAAGUUCUCCAAAGGAGCCUCAGUCUGAUGAUUUUCCUAUGUUCACUACCAGGCUCGAUUUAGUUGAGGAGGAGAAGCUACACUUGGAUGAUUUGGCACCUUGUGAGGAUAAUCCGAGAGAUAUUGACUUGGUGAACAAUGAAAAGCUUCCAUUAUUGGAAAGCACAGACUAUAAUGGUAUGCAUGCCAAUGGUAGUCCAGAGAAAGACUAUGGAGAUGAUGCCUGUCAUAGUACAGAUCGCGUUGAAGAUUAUGUUGAUAAUGAUGAUGUUGGUGAUGGAAAUGAUAAUGGGGGCAAUUUGGAGGAGUUUGAAAGAGAAGCAGAAUUGUUGGAAGUCGUUGAAUGAUGUGUUGAUAGGAGAUCAUCGCACCACAAAUUAGGACAUGGUGGUGGUUGUUUAUAGCUGCAAAAUUGUAGUUGAUGUUCGGUUUAUUCGUACAUAGUGAAUGUUGGGAUUGGUAUAGCAAGUCGACUUUGGUAGGUUAACUAACAGAUGCUUCAAUACUAAAGAAUGGGGAUAGGAUAGAUCGUUGGGAAAAAGCAGAAGAAAAGGAUUUUACUGGCAGAGAGGCGAAUCGGAAAAGCCUAUGAAAUGGGACUAUCAACCCCUUUCUGUUAACACCCAGGCAUGUUCUUACCUCCCGACGAAACAUUUACCCCUAUUUUGAAGAAGAAAGCUCCCGGGUUCCGAAUCUUAAAGAAGUGCACCAGAGGAAAGCUUCCAGGUUCCGAAUCUUAACUGAUUGUUUUGUAGUAGGUGACGGAGAUCUAUCCAAUUAGAAACACUCUAAUUUUGGAUCUAGUCCAGUUCUUACUCCCUGAGUUUCUCACGUGUAUCGGUGGUUGUACCUGUGUACUGAUAUUGUUGUACCUCUGAUAUUAUUAUCAAUAUUUUCUCUUGUUCUCUC